CCCUGCUGGAUGACCGCUCAUACCAACUCAGUGAGUGGCAAGCAUUUUAACUGUGGCAUGGAAAUGGAGAGUGUGCAGCUGCACACACACACACACCUUACAGGGGACCUUGGUGCUAAUUAAAUAGCUCUGGACAGACAUUAGAAUUCUUUGAAGCAGAGCAUCCCACUGCCUUGUAUAGCAGUGAUUUGACAUAUGCAUCAAUCUGACCUCUUUUCUUUGCAGUGUUCGAUGAGUAUCUGAAAAUUGCAGGCAAGCCUAUUGAGUCAAGCAUCCGGGGAGAGUUGUCCGGGGACUUCGAGAAACUGAUGCUAGCAGUAGUGAAGAAUAUCAGGAGUACACCGGAGUAUUUUGCAGAUAGACUCUUCAAAGCCAUGAAGGGUUUAGGAACAAGAGACAACACAUUGAUUCGGAUUAUGGUGUCACGCAGUGAGAUUGAUAUGUUGGACAUUCGAGAGAUAUUUCGGACUAAAUAUGAGAAGUCCCUUCACCACAUGAUUGAGGUAAAUACUGAGUGGUUCAUCUUUGGGGACGCGAAAAUGCAAUGCUGAAGCUCCGUCACCAGAGGAGAUG